AUGUCUCUGCGGCCGAGCUUGCGAACAGCCGGUCGGGCGCUCGCCCUGCGCUCCCGACCCCUGGCCACCAUACGGGAGCCUCUCGCCUGGGCCGCGACGAGGAGAGGAUAUGCCGAUGAACCCAGGGGCGAACGGAGCCAGCCUGCGAUUCUGAAGCCAUCCGAGAAUGCUGCUUUCCCUCAGAGUCAAACUGCCCCCGAGUCUGCACGAGGACAACAGUCAACAGCAGAAGAGGCCGCCGCAGCAUUGGAGGAACUCGCCACCGCCGCAAAGAACCAGAGCGUCGGACUCGAGGGUGGCCUGACGGAGGCCCAGGAGCAGGCGCUCUACAAUGAAGGCGCCAUCCCCCCUACGCAGUCAAACGGUAACCCCCUACGCGACCUUGAAAUCCUGGCCUCCGGCGGACUGCUCGCAAAAGACCAGGAGGUGGAGGUUACGACACCGCAGCGCCUGGGUCACAAGUUCCCCCUGCCAAAGCUCCCUCUGCCGCCACACAGCCACCUGAAGUCUCGGUACCAUCCCGUGCUCGACCAGUUGACGAACUUGAUGAUGCGGGAUGGCAAGAAGGCCCAGGCGCAAAGAAAUAUGACCAUGGUCCUCAACUUCCUCCGAACUUCACCUCCUCCGAUCAUCAACCCGCGAUACCCGCUUCUCCCUGGUGCCCCGCCGCCGGCGCACCUGCCGUUGAACCCCGUGCUAUACCUCACUCUGGCCGUCGACUCGGUGGCGCCGCUGGUCAAGAUCCGCCGCAUCCCAGGCGGAGCCGGUGGUGGUCGCGCGCUGGAGCUGCCGGCGCCGCUGGCCGUGCGCCAGAGGCGGCGGACGGCAUUUCAGUGGAUCAUGGACGUGGUCAACAAGAAGCCUUCCAAGGGCAGUGGCCGGACGCAGUUCGCUCACCGGAUGGCCGAGGAGAUCAUCGCCGUUGUUGAGGGCCGGUCAGGCGUCUGGGACAGGAGGCUGGCGCUGCACAAGCUCGGCACGGCGACGCGUGCCAACUUGAGCGUCAAGCCAGUCAGGGCGAACGGCAGGAAGUAG